AUGCCCGACGCCAUCAAGAGCACUCUUACAGAGAAACUGACAGCAAGUUUUCUGGAGGACCCUUUGAAGAUGGUGGACACCAGGGCCUCUAGUCAUGAGACCGACAAGAUGGGCGACAACGCACCGUUGGAUGUACCACCUCGACAGCUCAGCCAGCAAGGCUGCUCGAGGACAAAUUAUGCUCAGAUGAUGCCAUACGUAUUGGCAGACAUGGAGGACCACAGACAGAUCUACCAAGCCAUGACCGUCACCCUUGCUGAUAUGUUUUCCUGGGUCGAGGACAAGGGGAAUACGACCACCUGGAGGCUACAGCUAGCCUUCUACCUGACCUUCACCACUCUCUAG